UAUGUAAACAUGACGGGCGGAAAAAUGUAAAACGUCAGUAUUUCCCUGAUAUUUGCAAAAAAAAACAUGUUAAACAAAUCCCACAUGAUAAAUUAUUCUAGUGACAAAAGGUUUGAAUAAACCCCUACUUAUCACCGUUGGUGUCAAGAGCACAAACGGAACGUUUUUGAUACGUAAGGCCCUCAAUGUAAAAGUCUAGGAAAAAUGUUAAAUAAUAUGUGCACCCAUAUGGGUGAUACCAUAACAGAUUGGAAAGAAAUUUCCUCAGUUUUAAAAGCAAAUCAACAGAACAUAAGUUGUUCAGACUGUAACUGUCAUGGUCCCAAUUUGUGGCUUUGCCUCAAAAAGAGCUGUGGUCAUAUUGGAUGUUCUGAGAAGUCAAAUGAUCAUAACACCAUUCAUAAUGCUAAUAACGUGACCCACUCAAUCCAUCUUAACCUCUCUACAGAAAGAGUUUGGUGCUACGACUGUAGAACAGAAAUCUUUCUUCCAAAGAAAACCAACUACAUAAAUGGCUAUGAGAGUGACCAAGAAGAUCCUACAAAAAUAAACAACGAUUCCGGGCAUGGUAGCUAUGCCACCCUAAGAGCAAACAGCCCCGACAGGGGCGCCAUUUUUGAAAAUAGUGUCGGUCUAAAUGUGGGCAUGAACGGUGACGGAGACGUCUCAGAUUCGAGUGACGUUGGUGAAAGUGGAGACUUUACUGUGGAUACCAGUAAUAAGGGCUUGGUGGGCUUGCAAAAUAUUGGCAAUACUUGCUAUAUGAAUGCGGCGCUACAAGCUCUUAGUAACACCGAGCCCCUAACAAGGUAUUUUAUUGAUUGCGAAAAAAUUGUUUACAUGUUGUCGGAAGGUAAAAAACCAGGCCUAAGUCGAACUUAUCAGACUCUUAUAAGGGAUAUGUGGGUCAAAAAAAAUCCCCAUACUUUUGUAACUCCUUCUGGCAUACUAUAUGGUAUUAGGAACGUUCAUGCGAUGUUUAGAGGUUACCAUCAGCAUGACACGCAAGAGUUUUUAAGGAACUUUAUGGAUCAGCUGCAUGAGGAGUUAAAGCAGCCUGAGGUUGCAAAUUUAAAUGAGGCUGAUACAUUUAGUUUGGCGGUUGAGGAACCUCAAAACACCACCCUGAACUACGACUCAUCAGAAGGCGAGGAGUACGAGACCUGUGACUCGGGAGUGAGCGAACGCUCAUCUCUGAGCGACGACUCGGAAGCUCAACAAGCGGGAGACGGCAGGAGUUCGGGGAUUUCUUCUGCGCCCGGCAGUUUGGCCAGCAAAAGGAGGCUUAGCAGAUGCCAGAGCCCCGGUAGGAGACAAAGGCCGAGGGUGUCUAGUCAAAGUGUUAUUGAUGCCCAACCAAGCAUAAACGCAACGAACCAACCCCACCAAAAGAAGCAACAAAUCAAAUACAGGUCGAUAAUAUCGGACAUUUUCGAUGGUAAAUUGCUCAGUUCGGUUCAGUGUCUCACGUGCGACAGGGUGUCACGUCGCGUCGAAACAUUCCAGGAUCUAUCCUUGCCCAUUCCUUCAAGGGACCAUUUGGUAGUAUUACAUGGAAGAGCAGCAUUACCUAACGCCACCUGCUCAGACGUGUUGGUUCCCAUCCAAGAUGGUUGGAUCUCUUGGAUUAUUGCUUGGCUAAGUUUGUUUAGGUCAUGGUGGUACGGUCCGAUGGUCACACUCCACGACUGCUUAUCGGCAUUUUUUAGCACAGACGAGUUAAAAGGUGAUAACAUGUAUAGCUGUGAGAAGUGUAAUAAGUUAAGGAAUGGUAUUAAGUUUAGUAAGGUAUUACAACUGCCAGAAGUGUUAUGUAUUCACCUAAAACGCUUCAGGCAUGAAUUAAUGUACAGUAGUAAAAUUUCUUCAGCGGUCAGUUUCCCGUUAAAGGGCCUGGAUAUGUGGCCGUAUUUGCACGCAAACAACAUUUCAAAAGUAUCAAAUUACGAUUUGUUUUCUGUGAUUUGUCAUCAUGGUACUGCAGGUGGUGGCCAUUACACCUGCUACGCCCUUAACGGUACCCAGUGGUACGAAUUCGAUGAUCAGUAUGUGAACCAGGUGUCCGCGGAAAAGGUGCAGAACUGCGAGGCGUACGUGUUGUUUUAUAGGAAAGUGCAAACGAGUGCGGAGGCGGUCAGGCAAAAGGCCUCAAAGAUUGGAGAGCAGGCGGAGAGACAGACUGAAGUCAAGAGGGUGUUUAUUUCUAAACAGUGGAUCACCAAGUUCGAUUAUUGCGUGGAACCAGGCCCAAUAGACAAUUCCGACUUUCUAUGCCAGCACGGCGCCUUUGAUCCAGAUAAAAAACACGAACUGGAAAAUCUCGCCGUCGCAAUCCCCUUGGAAGUCUACGAGUAUUUACAUCAAAAAUUCGGUGGGUGCCCGCCUAUUGCCAACCCAGUGAUUUGCCCAGCGUGUCACGCCCUCCAACAACGAAUGCUCAGCGAAAUGGAAAUGUUUUUGGAGGUGAGCAAAAAAUUUGAACACAACCCGCGCACCCACUACCUCUCUACAUCCUGGUACAUGCAGUGGCACUCGUUCAUUCAAAAAACGAGCUCAGAACCACCAGGACCCAUUGAUAACACAAAAAUCGAUCCCAACCAUAUCGAUACCGAUGAGGCUGCGGAGGUUUCGAAACCGAUAUGGGACUUUUUCCAUAACAUUUACGGCGGAGGUCCCACUAUUCUCGUCAAUUUCGAUAGCGACGAGGAGGGAGAACAAACACCGCCUUGUCCCGCUCCCCCACCGGAGAGCGAUCCGAUCGAAAAAGAGAUGGGAGACGGUCCUGAGAUCAAUGGGGUUGCAGAAGAGUUGAUAGAAACGGAGAAUUCUGAACCGGAGACGAAGUUAGGCGAAUGUGAGGAGGUUCCGACAUCGAGUCCCCCCAAGCAAAAUAAAAAUCAUAAAAAGGGGAGUAAGUAUCGUAGACGGAACCACUAGUUAAUUGCCAAAAAUUAAAUAAAUUGUGUACCUAAGAGGGGAGAUAAAUGAUUUGUGGUUGUGCGUUACAAGGCGUUUUGUUUGCGUAUAUAUGAUAAAGGUCAGUGUGAAUUUUAUUUGUAUAAUUUUAGAUAUCGUUGUUUUUGCCCAGCUAAAUGUAGGAUCUAAGCUUUAUAAUUAUAAUUUUUACAGGGUGGCUCGUUUUCCACACGUGUUUGUUUCUGAACCGUAAGGCACUUUGUUCUUUAGGAUCAAAAAAUUAAAAAUGUUUCGCACUGGGACCAAAAAUGGGACAAAAAAAUAUCAGAUCAAAAUUUAAACUUUUAAGUUAACACUUUUUGAACGUUAGAUACCUUCAAUGAAUUUUAAAUGUUUAACAAAAUAUUUAAAAAUGUCAAGUAAAUACUAUUUGUUUAACCGUGUGAAAUUCUGCAAAGAACCAAAUAUUAACUAUUAACAAAUGUUGUAAGUCUUCGCAAAUUACCAUAUUUUAAUAUAUUUAAAUCGAAAAUUAAUUGUUAAGAUAGAAGUUUGCCCUAUAACUAUCCCUCUAUCUCUAAUAGUUUUUGAAAUUUGGUUACACUUUCCAAUAGUUUUGAACACGCAUAAAAAUAUUUAAUAAAUCUAUAAUUCGUUUAUAAAACUUAAUAUAAAGAAAUUGGAAAUAUUUCUAUAAAAAAAGAUAUAUUCAUUAACAAACAAAUGGUAAUCUGGCUUAAAAUAUCAGAUUACAAGUUUUAUAAUAGUUCUUCCAGUGAUACUACCAAUAAUUAUUUAUUAGUAUGUUUUGUUUACAUAAUAAGAAAUAAAUUUAAUAAGCUUUUCGUUCCUUUAUAAAAAGAGAAACGAGAAAAAUGCCCAUAUGAAAAUUAACGAUUUUUUAUUUACAAUGUGUAAGAUUGAAUGAAUUAAUUUGUAUAAAAUAUUUACUAAAUUAAACGAACUUACCUAUAAUGAAGUUCAAUUCUUAUUAUAUUUAUUAAUUAAAUUAAGUAAUUAUAUAAGUCCUCGUGAAGUAAAUAACAACAAAAGCAACGUCUUUACUAAUACCAUAUAUCACGAAUUUUAAAGAAAACCAUCCACCCGCUCUCCCAAUCCUACAUGUUCUUACCUAUGGACUCAAUAUUUAAAGAUUUAACUAUAGUUGACGCAAUUAACCAUAGGGGACGUAAGACAGGGUGGGAGUAACUGAAUUACUUCACGACGACUUCAUAUAAUUCAAUCGAACUUCCUACAGGUAAGUUUGUUUGAUUUAGUAAUUAUAUUUUCACUAAUUUCAACAAUGUUUUCCUCCUGUUCACUUUCGUCGCUUGACACAACUUCCAUCUCACUCGCCUCCACAUCGUCUAUCUAUUUCAUCCACUGUUCUGGAUCUAUACUAGCUUUUUAUUUUCUACUAAAAUUGUAUAAAAACUUUUAAAAUACUUAUUUUUUUGUAAAAAUAUAUUAUCUACCAUUUAAAAUAUUUUUAAAACAAUUUCGCUCGGGGUACAAAAUACCCCGUAGAUAAUACCAAUAACAUGACGACGUCAACCCAAGAAGAAAAAUGGGUUAGCGAUAAUGAAUUAGCUUGCUGAGUAGCAAGCUACCGGACCAGUGAACGCGCGAGUAUUCCAGUGUUAAGUAAACUUAAAACAUAACUACAUAACCCUAGAAUACUGUCGUUACUGGAAGUACGCUUAAUACUAUGGACACGUAAAAUUUACGUAAUCGAAAAACCAAUGAUAUAUUAUAGCAGUAUUUAUUAACUAUAUUUUUUUUUCAUAGGAAACGAAAAAAGUACAAAAAUAAUAAGAAACUUUUAAAAAAUAGCAGUCUCAGUAUUUUUCAAGAACAACUAGGCCAUAUUUUAUCUUGAUACUGGCCACAUAUUGGUUUUUUGCAUUUCGAACAGACGACAAUGUUUCAGCCUUAGCCGGUAGGACAUUUGUGACAGUAUUUUCUCGAUCCUUUUUUAUUAAUCUUGUUAUCUUCACAUCGCCUACUUUUCCCAGAACAUCCUCAAUAAUUUUUUUUUUCAUUACCAUACCUACCUUUUUGUUUUUUGACUGGCACACAUGUUUUGACACAACUGGUCGAGAGUGCCUACUGAACCUUUAGUUGCAUUAUAAGUGUGGAUAAUUUCAGAUUUAGUGGUAUCUUUAUCAGUAGUUCCAGAUGAUGUGUAUACACUGUAGAUAAAAGUGUGAAUAUUUUAUUGGUUUUUUGUUUAUAGGGUGCCAUUAGACCUGUAGACAAACAAUGAGGUUCUCACCUGGCGUUAUCAUUUUCGACCAACAUUGGUGGAAUGUGAGGCUUAUUUUUUCCGAAUAGUUCCAAGAAUUUUCAACGAAUAAGUUCUAGAAAUCAAUCAGUCAGCUAAAGGUACAUUAGUGAACCAAUUGUCCAUUGUUAUAUUCUGGUGCGUACCAUAAAUUGGGGUAGUCAGAAGAAAUAAUCUGCUAACGGAUGGCCGUUAGUCUGAGCACAUUUAUCCAAAUAUGGCUUCUAAAGCCCACAAGUUGCCCGUCAAUUAUGACAUAGGAACUGACCUUAUAUUUGGGUCUAAAACUUCAAUAAAUUCUUCCCAUAUUUCAGAUAUCAGAUAUGGGAGCAAACACAGUGAAAUUUCUUCUUUCCGCGCUAGUUAGUUCUUCGGCAAGCAGUUAAAAAGUAAAAUAUUGAUUUACUCAUGGUGGCUCUGUAGGGUUUUCCAAAAAAGGAAGCAUCGAACAUCAUUUUUGAUCAUAAAUGGUUAUCCAUCAUAACCGCAGCAAGUAAGUAAACUCUAAAUCCCAACAGCGCUCUUAAUUCAAUCAAAUUAGUAUCAGAAAAAGUUUGAUUUGUCACUUUACUCAACAUAUCGUCCGGUAAAAACAAUGGAAAUACAGGUAAUGGAUCUAAAAUUUGCGAUACUUCAGGGACAGCAGGCAAGCACAUGAGGCCGGAUCAUAUGUGAAUAAUAUUUUUUGCCAGAUGUUUUCCCAGCUACGUCGUUGGCUUUGGAACACCACUUGUACUUAUUUUUCCGUUGCAAACUUUCAAGCUUGGGGAUCAAAAUAUGUUCCUGAAUUGAGGGGUUUCUUUGACAUGGUAAAAAAGUUCAUAAAGGCAACUAAAGUGUUUUGUGCAGAUUUGCAUAACUUAGUACAACUUCCUGAGAAUGAAAUGCAGUGCAAAUGUAAUGUAGAUGCGACUGGGUCUUCAGAAACAUGUGGUGUUCUUGUCUCCUUUUUGUGUAUUGGAGGUUUACUGAAUGUUUUCAGCUCGCAAGCUUUUCUUGAAACAUGUUUCUAAGUCUUCAUCUGGGUCGCCUUUUUCGGGCAUGUAGUCUGGGUCACAUAAACUAUCGUCCAUUUCACUAUCACUGCUUUCAUAUAAGAGUUGUUUAAGUUGAUCGUCAAUUAGUCCUUUUUCGAUAAUUUUCGCGUUAAAAAAUUGUCGAACAAUCCUAUCUCUACGUCAGACUUAUGUACUAAAAUUUAUAUCGUGAUACUAUCGACACGUAAAAUUGACGUGUAGUGAUUUUAAAAAUGAACCGACACGAACAUUUAUACUUGUAAGAUUCACUAAUCUGUGCGGAAAGCCUUUAUUAUAUUUUAAGGAGAGCACUGCUAGUGGCGGAGGUGGAUUUAACAGGGUUGUAUCGCUGCAGUGGAGUUUAGAAACAGAUACUUAAUGUUUACGUAUGACAGUAUUCUAGUGUUACAAGAAGUGCUCUUAUCGUGUCAGUUUGGUUUUGGUAGACCGUAUUAUUUAUAAUUUUCACCGAAUUGGCGCUGACGAAAAACUAGUCCGGACUCGAACUUGGAGUCAUAUAUUUCUCUGGAUCGGUUGUUCCACGGUUGCAAUUGUAAAGAUUAGUUCCAGUAGUAGAUAGGCACCCCUACUGUGGUAACAUGAAUAAACAAAAAGGCUGUACAUAAUGAAAAAUGAAAUGCGAACUAAACUUGCACAACUCGAGAAAGUUAAAGCGAAUCUGACCUAAAAUUAAUGCUCUACCUAUUUAUAUUAUUUCAUUAAAUGACGAAACCGAAGUCGAUCUUGUUGCCAACAGCCAAAUAUUUAUCGGGCGUCGGCUACCGAAUUAACGGUGAUUGCAUAAAGACGGAAAAAAAUGCAAAUAAUGCAUAUUUGAUUGUGUGGGGGACUUUUUUUCUCUUUUGAAUUAAGUGCCGCGCCGCUAUAGAUCUUUAAGUGGAAAAUUUGAAUUUUAUCCUUUUUAGGAUAUUCUUAAAUUGGGAUUACACAAUUCCUAACAUACAUUACGAAUCCGCAUCGAACUCUAGAACCCACUAGGCUCUUAUCUAGAAAACAAAUGCUCCAAGGAAAAGUUUUUCUAAAAAUUAUCAAUGAAAUUUCCAAAGACACCAGAUAUAGCUGCAGCUCUAUUCUCUUUUCAUUGCUGUUUCCUCUACCCACCUUAUUAUCGAAUCUUAGUGCGAUCGAUAAAGUAUUAAUUUUCUUUUUGAUAUUGUACACUUGAACGCCUUCCUUCCACUGUCAUUAGCAGCAAGAAAAAACCCUAUACACUAUCAUGCCUUGAUAUAUACAUUAUCCAUCCCAGAAAAGCUCUCAAUUCCAAAGCUUCUAUUAUAUUAUAUCUUUCAAUGUUGAAUGGACUGGCUUUUUACACUUUGUUCGAAUUUGACAAAGUUUGCGAUGUGUCCAAGGCAUUACUUCAUCCAGCAGGUUUUCGGUAAAUAGUAAAUCCCAUACUUGCAGAGAGAUUGCUUUUUCUCCCAAUACUUUUGCAGGGCCUCGAAACUAAGAUAAACGCCUUACUUAAUCAUGACUUCUUGUUUUAGGAUUAGCUGGGCGUGGUUGCUUUGACCUGAAACUAUGUGACUAGAAAUAGAAAGUAAUAAUUGAUAUAUUACUAUUUAGUAGCAUUUUUCUUCUCGCGGCCGUAAAAAAAUCUUGUCUGUCCAAUAUUCCCUUCCUCAUGUUUCUCUAAGUCUCCCAGAUUGCCUGAGAUUGGAGACUUAGAGGCUUUAUUUCCCGAUUCCGUACCAUGCUCAUUUUCAGAGACAUAACUUUGGUCCUCAUCGUUUCUUAAAUUAUAUUUUUCUAGUUUGAUUUAAGCACCAUUGCUCAAAAAUUCAUCCCCGCUUUCUGCAACAUCUUUGUAAAAGAAAAACCUAAAUAAAAAUCCAAAGCUCACACGACUUAUAGCACUCACCGCCACCGCUACACUGAUCACAAAAUACCGAAAAAUAUAUCAAAUGAUCGACUUUGUUUUCUGUGCUACUGAUAUACGCAUCAACGUGAACUUCAAAUGUACUGGGAGUCUUUGCGUCAAAAGACAUUCAUUUCAAAAAUUAGGGCGGGAAAUUCAAGAGUGGCUCUAUGAGUUACCACUUGGUUGCAUUUAAACGAUAUAAAAUCCAAAAUGAACACAUUAAAAAAAAAAACAAGAUGGUUUCAAAAAGUCGGAACGUUACAAAUAAAACCCACUACUGCAAACGGAACGACCUUUAUUUACAAAUAUGUUCCUUGUGUGUUUUUUACAUUGCCUUUCGUUUUUGAGAAAUUUUAAAAAAUGUACGUGUUUUAAUAACAUGUUUGACGUUUCAAACUCGAAAUAGUUUAUUAGGUCCGAGAUAUUAUGUAUUCAACUAAUGGAUUCAUAAAAUAUUAUUCAAAAGAAAAAAUGAAGCGCGAUACAAACUACAUAACUCGUGAACCUUAUUGAAGGUGGUGAUAUUGCAAAAACCCAAAUUGGUCUUUGAUUUGCAGUAUAUUUUGUACAAUUUAUCGCAUCCUUCAGUUUGAACUGUGACUUAUGAGUUACCCUGUCUUUUCCCAUUCCACUUUGGUUGUAUAAUUUUUGAUGUGUCUGUUUCUUUUAAGUAUAGUUAAGAAAUACCUUUUUCCUUUUUUAAUCGUUGUGAAAGAAAAUUUUUGAUCAUACUUAUUAUAUACGUCAUAUAUUGUGAAGGAAAAUUUGUGAUUUAUUUGAUCCAUCUUUAUGGAUAUCACAGAAGAAAUAAUAGUUUAGGAAUAAAUACUCGUACCAAUAGAUAAUGCUAAUGAAAUAAACAUGCUUAACACACAGUUCAAAUUAUUUUCUGAAACAAAUUAAUACUUUGAUACAAGACUUAUAUUGUAAUAUCCUAAAAAUGAUUCCCAACAUAUACCCUAGAUUGAAGAAAAUCGGCAAAAUCGGAUCUUAUUUGGUUUUAAUUGGAACACCUUGUAAAUCAAUCACCCCUUCUAAACAAAGUGCUAAACGGUAUGAAACUACAUAGUGUAAAUUUCAUUGGGCAUCAUAGUCAUAUAAAAUAUAGACUAGGAAAUAUAUAAUUUAUAUUAUAUUAUGAUUUAUGUAUCGGUACUUGACCGUAGAGUCGAAAAAUAGUUAAUAUGUUUAAUAGUCAUUGUUGUCUUUUUUCGAAAAACUUUUUAAACAUUUUUUUAAUACGUUAUCAAAUAGGGAGGAAAGAGUGUGAAAAGGAGUAUUUACAACACUAUUUUAAAUUUAAAAUAGAUGGCAAAUAAAAUAUAUUUAUUAA